UCAUUUUCCUAGCUAAAAAGGUCCUGUCAUCUCCACUCCUCAAGUAGCGGCAACCCACAACUAUGACGGCCCAGGACUGCGGCCACCACGACGAUGAGGAGCAGCGAGCCAAGCGCAUAACAAUAGCCAUUGUGGGGUUCUUGGUCGUUUUCGGCAUAGUUGUGUUCCUUGUAUGGGCAAUCCUCCACCCCGAUAAGCCCCGCUUCAUCCUCCAAGACGUCACCAUCUACGCUCUCAAUCUCACAGCUCCAAACUUACUCACUUCAAACAUGCAAAUCACUUUAUCUUCCCAUAACCCCAAUGACAAGAUCGGCAUUUACUACCAAAAACUCGAUGUCUUCGCAUCUUACCAUAACCAACAGAUAACUUUACCCACGCUGCUACCCAGGACCUACCAGGGCCAUCGCGACGUCACCGUUUGGUCCCCAUUUUUAUACGGUAAUGCGGUGCCGGUGGCGCCGUUUCUCGAAGAGGGGUUGAGCCAGGACUUGAAUACUGGCAUGGUGAUGCUCAACAUCAAGGUUUACGGGCAACUGAAAUGGAGAGUCGGGACUUGGAUUUCGGGGAGGUAUCAAAUAAACGCCAAUUGUCCGGCAGAUAUUUCCUUUUCCGAUCGAACCAAGGGAAUCCAAGUUGGUUCGGCUAUGAAGUAUCAACUUGUUCAAACCUGCACCGUCGAUGUUUCUCUUAACUAAGAUGUCACAA